CGCCUUCGCGCCCCCGGGCGAGGCCGAGGCCGGGGCCGUGAUCGGCCGUGAACCGGCGACGGGGGGCGGUCGUGGCCGCGGUCGCGGGCGGCGGCGGGGUGCGCGGGGCGGCGGCGGAGGCCGUGGGGGCCCGGGCGCACGGGAGCGGGAGCGGCCGGGGGAGCCCGAUCGCACCAUGGAAGCUGCAGCGGCCGGCCGGGGCGGCUUCCAGCCGCACCCGGGGCUGCAGAAGACGCUGGAGCAGUUCCACCUGAGCUCCAUGAGCUCGCUGGGCGGCCCGGCCGCUUUCUCGGCGCGCUGGGCGCAGGAGGCCUACAAGAAGGAGAGCGCCAAGGAGGCGGGUGCGGCCACAGUGCCGGCGCCGGUGCCCACUGCCGCGGAGCCGCCGCCCGUGCUGCACCUGCCUGCCAUCCAGCCGCCGCCGCCCGUGCUUCCUGGGCCCUUCUUCAUGCCGUCGGACCGCUCCACCGAGCGCUGUGAGACCGUGCUGGAAGGGGAGACCAUCUCUUGUUUCGUGGUGGGAGGUGAGAAGCGUCUGUGCCUGCCGCAGAUCCUCAACUCGGUGCUGCGCGACUUCUCACUGCAGCAGAUCAACUCGGUGUGCGAUGAGCUGCACAUCUACUGUUCGCGCUGCACCGCCGACCAGCUGGAGAUCCUCAAAGUCAUGGGCAUCCUGCCCUUCUCCGCGCCCUCCUGCGGGCUCAUCACCAAGACGGACGCCGAGCGCCUGUGCAACGCGCUGCUCUACGGCGGCGCCUACCCGCCGCCUUGCAAGAAGGAGUUGGCGGCCAGCCUGGCGCUGGGCCUGGAGCUCAGCGAACGCAGCGUCCGCGUGUACCACGAGUGCUUCGGCAAGUGCAAAGGGCUGCUGGUGCCCGAGCUGUACAGCAGUCCCAGCGCUGCCUGCAUCCAGUGCCUCGACUGCCGCCUCAUGUACCCGCCGCACAAGUUCGUUGUACACUCGCACAAGGCCCUGGAGAACCGGACCUGCCACUGGGGCUUCGACUCAGCCAACUGGCGGGCCUACAUCCUGCUGAGCCAGGACUACACGGGCAAGGAGGAGCAGGCCCGCCUUGGCCGCUGCCUGGACGACGUGAAGGAGAAGUUCGACUAUGCCAACAAGUACAAGCGGAGGGUGCCCCGGGUCUCAGAGCCCCCAGCUUCCAUAAGACCCAAAACAGACGACACUUCCUCACAGUCCCCUGCAUCUUCUGAGAAGGACAAGCAGUCCACUUGGCUGCGGACCUUGGCUGGUUCCUCCAAUAAGAGCCUCGGCUGCACUCACCCUCGCCAGCGCCUUUCUGCUUUCCGGCCCUGGUCCCCUGCAGUGUCUGCGAGUGAGAAAGAGACGUCCCCACACCUCCCAGCCUUGAUUCGAGACAGCUUCUACUCCUACAAGAGCUUUGAGACAGCCGUGGCCCCCAAUGUGGCCCUAGCACCACCAACACAGCAAAAGGUUGUGAACAGUCCACCCUGCACCACCGUGGUCUCCCGGGCACCAGAGCCUCUUACUACUUGUAUCCAGCCACGAAAGCGGAAGCUGACUCUGGACACACCAGGAGCCCCAGACGUGCUGACACCUGUGGCUGCUGCAGAGGAAGACAAGGAUUCUGAGGCCGAGGUUGAAGUUGAAAGCAGAGAGGAGUUCACCUCCUCCUUGUCCUCGCUGUCCUCUCCGUCCUUUACCUCGUCCAGCUCUGCCAAGGAUCUAAGCUCCCCAGGCAUGCAUGCUCCACCCGUGGUUGCCCCUGAUGCUGCAGCCCAUGUUGAUGCCCCAAGUGGGCUGGAGGCAGAGUUGGAGCACCUGCGGCAAGCCCUGGAGGGCGGCCUGGAUACCAAGGAAGCCAAAGAAAAGUUCCUGCAUGAGGUGGUCAAAAUGCGAGUUAAGCAAGAGGAAAAGCUGACAGCAGCCCUGCAGGCUAAGCGCAGCCUGCACCAGGAGCUAGAAUUCUUGCGUGUGGCCAAGAAGGAGAAACUGCGGGAAGCCACAGAGGCCAAGCGCAGUUUGAGGAAAGAGAUUGAGCGGCUCCGAGCUGAAAAUGAGAAGAAGAUGAAAGAGGCCAACGAAUCCCGGGUGCGCCUGAAGCGAGAGCUGGAGCAGGCGCGGCAGGUCCGGGUGUGUGACAAGGGCUGCGAGGCCGGGCGCCUGCGUGCCAAGUACUCAGCCCAGAUUGAGGACCUGCAAGCGAAGCUGCAGCAUGCGGAGGCCGACCGCGAGCAGCUUCGAGCUGACCUGCUGCGGGAACGUGAGGCCCGCGAGCAUCUGGAGAAGGUGGUGAGGGAGCUUCAGGAGCAGCUGCGGCCUCGGCCACGGCCUGAGCAUCCUGGAGGUGAGAGCAACGCUGAGCUGGGCCCCUAGCCUGGGCAGUGAUUGCCACUGCCACGUGGACCCCUAUGCGUGCGCAGAGGGCAGCGGGUAUGUGGCUUUGCAGGCCCGGCCCAUGCCUCUGCAGCCACACAGCACAACGUCUCUACUGUGCCUAUUACCAAGCGAGUGUUUGUAACCACAUACUUUUGGAAUCCACUGCAAAAUUUUCUACUGGCCAAGUUCAAGUGAGCAAGCCAUGUCCCCAGCUGCAGUCAGAGUUGAGACCGGCUCUGUGGCUUGUAGCUGGUUCUCUGCUUGCUAGAACAUUCUAACAUUUACACUUUUGUUAUAAGCUAUUUAAAACCAGUAAGGAGACUUGAUAUUCAGAGAAUCAACAUGUUUUUUAAUGACUAACUGUAAAAGGCCCCUACACGUGACGCCAUCUGGACACCCACUCUGGCGGGGGUGGCACCCACCCACCGCCGUCCUGGGAAGCCAUCACCGCUCAUCUGUGCCCGCGGCUACAAGAGGACAGCAAGGGUUUUCUUCAGAGUCUAUUUUUUCAGCAACAAGGACCCCAGUCUUCCUGCUGCUGCCAGGAAGAGCAGGGAGAGCGCCGCGUGCGAGAUGAGCCCCAACACUGCCCGCCUUACCGCCGCUGCCCCGCCCAUCACCACUAACCCCACCCUGCGGGCACCAGGAGACCUGAGCCUCGGUUUGCCCAGGCCCCUGGGUGCCCCUGCCCACCUACACCUUGAGGGGCUGACCUGUGUUAGGCAGUGGCCAUGGCCCAGUGUGAUGUUGUGUUGCUCACACACGCCACCCAGCCACCCAUGCGCUGCCUGACCACAGCAACCCCCUCCCGUGCGGCAGACGUCACUCCUUGCAUCGUGAGCUGAGGCUGCAGCAUUGGAACAAAACAGCAUUACAUCACUUUUCCUUUAAUUUUUUUUUCCUUUUAUUUUGUUGUUGUUUGUUGUUCAUUUAAACAUGUAUUUAGAACUGCACUUUGUCAGAACCUUUCAGUCCCAUCCUACUCCCCGGUUAACUGAGGUUUUUACCAAUUUCUAGAGCAGUUCAAACCCUAAGUGCUCAAGCGCUUACACAUCCCCUCUGGUGCUUGGUUGAACAAGGGAAUCACAAGACAAUGAAAAUGCAGAGACUGAACUUGGGGGUCGUUCUGUGCCUUCCAGCAUCUUGUACAGCAAACCCUGACUUGUCUUUUUACCCCCAAAAUACCGUCUUCAGUAGCGACUGAAUCUGCCACUGUCAAAAUACGUUACUUGCAUUUAUUCCAAAUAAUCUCGUUUACUCUUAACUGUUUAUGCAAAUUGUAUAAGGUUUCUUAUGCCCAAGCUUGAAAAAUGAUUUCCCAGUAGACAAGAGGCCCCCACCCAUCCUCCAAUUGUGUUUAUUUACAUGAGAAGAUCAUACAAAAGCCCUCCGCUCUAGUCCUAGCAGGGCAGCCAUGAGCCGAGGGGAGGUGGAGGCGGCUUGUGCAGGUACAAACGACCUCAAGGACUGUGGCCUGCAACUGGAGACUGCUAAGCCCUGACGUCUGGUGCCGAGGUCGUCUGCAGGGUUUUGCCCUUGGUUUACUGAGGGGGGGCUGAGCUGCUGCUGGUCCCCCCUUCUGACGUGCAAUGCAAAAGGGACAUCAUGUAUACGCAGCAUUUAUUUGGAGUUUUUCCUUUGGCUUUUUUUCCUCUCUUUUUCAGUUAUGAAACUUGUAUGCAUGGAUUUCACAUCUCCAUAGCUAGACCCGCCAUGGGCAUUAUGACCGUGUCUCCUAAAGGGUCGGUUUUGUUACGCAACACGAAGAAUGCUGUCUCAGCCUUGUUUUUCUAGAGUUGUGUUUUUCAGUCAUUUCUUCAAGGAAAACUAAAUGAUUUAGUUGGAGCAAAGCUUUAAGUGUGUUGGUGUGCUUCUGUGUGGCUGUCCCUGUUGCUAGCAGAUCACAGUGAUUUGGUCCCAUUGGAGCCUUCGGCCCCAGGGGCGCUCACUUUUUCUCAGCAGAGCCUCUCCUUGCCACAGCCCUGGUCACCAUCAGUUCCCUGGCCUCCCUCCGUGGUCCAGCACUGGCCCCAGUAUGCUGUGUAUGCAGCAGGGACUCUUUCCCCACAUGCCAGAAUGACUUGGAUCUGGGAAGGGCGUGUCAUCUCAGCAAUUGUUCCUCCCAGACCCCUCCUCCCCCUGCUUCCUGUGGGAUCAGAGUACGGCUCCUGUUGGCUAGUAGCUUGUGAUCUGGGACCUCUGGGGCCUCAUGUCUAGGUCAUCCUGAUGCCUCUGCCUCACUCCCGGGCUCCAGUCCUGGGUGAAGUUGGCAAAGCACUGGGUAUCUUGUGCGGCUGUUGUGGAAGGCGGCCCUGCUUGAUGCAGGGUCUGCAGUGGCCUGAAGGCAGCCAGGCACUGCAUGCCUGUCUCCUUAUGAGGAAGGCUGCAAAUUUCAGAGAAAAGGGAGUUGAGGUUUCCACCAUGUUGGCUGUUGACUCUCCCUGUAUGUUAAACCCUUGACCAGUUUACUCGUUUCUAUCCUGGAAGAUUUUUAACAAAGGGAAAAACCAACAGCAAUAAGUCAUUGGUGAGCAGCUAACUCGCUCAUUGAUGAGCAGCUAACUCACACACACACACCCCGACACCCUGCUUUUCAUACAGAACUAGCCAAUGUAAAGACGACUCACAUGUAAAUACUUUUUUCCAUUUCACACCGUUGUAUUAUAAGUGUAUAUGGCGACUCCUUUUCCAGAAACUUUUCUUACCUGUUGGUUGUCUUGUUUCCUGGGUUGUUUUUAACUGAAGACAAAAUUGCUCAUUUGCCAGAGGGGACAGAAGCGUCUUGUGGCAUUUCCCAUGUGGUGGCCUCCAUGGUACCCACUCUCCCAGUUCCAACGCAGGUUAUCCCCUGUGGUUUCUCCCCACAUGCCUACCCUACCUAGGGCUGAGGGGGAGGGGCUCUUGCUUUAAGUCAGAAGUCUCAAAUGACAUGCUCAUCAAUUAAAGGAAAAAAAAACCCACCUCAACCUUCAUAACUGCCCAACAACUACCCCCACCCCCACCCGCGCCCUCCAGUCCUACGCUGCUGCUAACGACAAUACGACGGCUUACUCUGCUACUCGAGAACUAUUUUUAUGUAAUUAAUGUAUGCUUUCUUGUUUAUAAAUGCCUGAUUUAAAAAAAAAAGGAAACAAAGAAAAAGCUUGGCAUAUUUAUCUAUUUCUCUGUGUACCUGUUAGUCCUUUUGCCCUCUCCUCUCCCCACCCCCCAGAAACAGAUGACAUUGUAUAAUAAAGGACUUUGCGAGUA